AUGGAGUUCGUAAUGAUCCACCCCCCGAAUAAUGUCAGACGGUCUGCCUCUCCUCAACCCCAGUUCAGACGACCAGAACGGCCCGCAAGUGCAAGUGGAAUGGAGCUCCAACUGUCGACCAAUGAUGUAAACCAGCAUAUGGGAGGCCACAACGACGGUUAUCCGCCUUACCAGGGUGAGUAUCAGGGAGGAUAUCAAGGAGGAUAUCAAGGAGGGUAUCAGGGCGGAUAUCAGGGUGGAAAUGUCUAUGGCCAUCAUCAGCAGCAACGCCCUCACUCCAUGUACUAUAGCGCCACUCCAGACUACGGCCAUGGGGCCCAGGAUCAACAUUCAGGAAGCAGGAGUGUGAUAAUGGCGGAAGCUCCAACAAUCAGCCGCGAUGGCAGGCCAAUUCUUCAUUUUGCUCGUGCAAUGUAUUCUUAUACUGCAGCCAUCCCUGAAGAACUUGGGUUUGCCAAAGGAGACAUCCUCGCCGUGCUAAGGCAUCAAGACGAUGGAUGGUGGGAGGCUGAAAUCACCAAUCAGCCAACUCGUCCAGGCCUUGUACCCAGCAAUUACCUUCAGCCUUGCUAA